GUCCGGAUGUGACGACGUUCAAACGUAUCCGAGCAAAGAUGGCAGACGGCAUCCCAUUGAAUCCUGUACGAAAGAAUUUGAGAAAAACUGCGUAUUAUGAUGCUAGUAGACCUGCCAGGUAUCAAAUUGAAGACGAAUCCUCGAACCUUGAUGAGAUGCCCUUGAUGAUGUCAGAGGAAGCAUUCGAAAACGACGAAAGUGACUAUCAGACGCUGCCCAGAGCCAGAGUGAGUCAGAGACGCAGAGGACUGGGCUGGUUUCUCUGUGGUGGAUGGAAGGUCCUGUGCAGCAGCUGUUGCGAAUGUCUGGUUCACACAUGUCGCAGAAAGAAGGAGCUGAAAGCUCGGACAGUGUGGCUGGGACAUCCCGAGAAAUGUGAAGAGAAGUACCCCAAAAAUGCCAUCAAGAAUCAGAAAUACAACAUUGUCACUUUUGUGCCAGGGGUUCUUUACCAGCAGUUUAAGUUCUUCCUCAACUUGUAUUUUCUAGUAGUGGCCUGUUCUCAGUUUGUUCCUUCACUAAAGAUAGGAUAUUUGUACACCUACUGGGCCCCAUUGGGCUUUGUGUUGGCUGUCACCAUGGUGAGAGAGGCGGUUGACGAAGUUCGCCGCUGCAGGAGAGAUAAAGAGAUGAACUCCCAGCUGUACAGUAAACUCACAGUGAGAGGCAAGGUCCAAGUAAAGAGCUCUGACAUACAGGUCGGAGAUUUAAUCAUUGUGGAAAAGAAUCAGAGAAUUCCUGCUGAUAUGAUUUUUCUCAGAACUUCUGAGAAGACUGGUUCGUGUUUUAUAAGAACGGAUCAGCUGGAUGGGGAGACAGACUGGAAGUUGCGAAUCGGUGUUGCUUGCACACAAAGACUUCCUGCCUUAGGGGAUCUCUUCUCCAUCAGCGCGUACGUUUACGUCCAGAAGCCUCAACUGGACAUUCACAGUUUUGAGGGGAACUUCACGAGGGAGGACUGCGACCCUCCCAUCCACGAGAGCUUGAGCAUUGAGAACACCCUGUGGGCCAGCACUGUGGUGGCAUCUGGUACUGUCAUAGGUGUGGUCAUAUAUACAGGAAAAGAGAUGAGAAGCGUGAUGAACACCUCACAGUCAAAAAACAAGGUGGGACUGUUGGACCUGGAGUUAAACCGUCUAACCAAAGCACUGUUCCUGGCUCAGGUGGUUCUGUCUGUCGUCAUGGUUGCUCUUCAGGGAUUUCUUGGGCCCUGGUUCCGAAACCUCUUCCGUUUUGUUGUUCUGUUUUCAUACAUCAUCCCUAUUAGUUUAAGAGUAAACCUGGACAUGGGAAAGUCAGCGUACGGUUGGAUGAUUAUGAAGGAUGAAAAUAUUCCAGGCACUGUGGUUCGGACAAGCACCAUCCCAGAAGAGCUGGGCCGGCUGGUCUACCUGCUCACAGACAAAACAGGCACUCUGACCCAGAACGAGAUGGUCUUCAAGCGCCUCCAUCUCGGCACUGUGUCAUACGGAACGGACACAAUGGAUGAGAUCCAGAGUCACAUCAUCCAGUCCUACGCUCAGGUGAGCUCAGCACAAUCUAAUGGAAGUAGUGCGAGUUCCACACCGUCCCGUAAACCACAGCCGCCUGCACCGAAGGUCCGCAAGAGCGUGAGCAGCCGGAUACACGAGGCCGUGAAAGCCAUCGCCCUCUGCCAUAAUGUUACACCGGUAUACGAGUCUCGUGUUAACGGUGCCAAUGCAGAGCCAGAGAGCACAGAGGCCGACCAGGACUUUAGCGACGACAACCGCACUUACCAGGCCUCAAGUCCUGACGAGGUGGCUCUGGUACGCUGGACUGAGAGUGUAGGUUUAACUCUUGUGAACAGAGACUUGACGUCCCUCCAGCUGAAGACCCCAGCCGGACAGAUCUUGACCUAUUACAUCCUCCAGAUCUUCCCCUUCACCUCUGAGAGCAAGCGGAUGGGUAUCAUUGUUAGGGAGGAGGCGACCGGCGACAUCACGUUUUACAUGAAAGGGGCUGAUGUUGCUAUGGCAAGCAUUGUACAGUACAAUGACUGGCUGGAGGAGGAGUGUGGAAACAUGGCUAGAGAAGGCCUGCGGACACUGGUGGUGGCUAAGAAAUCAUUGACUGAAGAGCAGUAUCAGGAUUUUGAGAAUCGUUAUAAUCAAGCAAAGCUGAGCAUCCAUGACCGCAAUCUGAAAGUGGCAGCAGUGGUGGAGAGUCUGGAGAGAGAGAUGGAGCUUCUGUGUCUCACUGGAGUGGAAGAUCAGCUGCAGGCUGAUGUCAGGCCCACACUGGAGCUCCUCCGUAAUGCUGGCAUCAAGAUUUGGAUGUUGACAGGAGACAAGCUUGAAACUGCGACAUGUAUCGCCAAAAGCUCCCACUUAGUGUCCAGAAAUCAAGACAUCCAUGUCUUCAAACCGGUGUCCAACAGAGGCGAAGCUCAUCUAGAGCUGAACGCCUUCAGGAGGAAACACGACUGUGCCCUGGUCAUAUCAGGAGACUCUCUAGAGGUCUGUCUGCGUUAUUAUGAGCAUGAAUUUGUGGAGUUGGCUUGUCAGUGCCCGGCUGUGGUUUGCUGCCGCUGCUCUCCUACACAGAAAGCUCAGAUUGUUCGAUUGUUACAGCAACAUACAGCCAACAGAACGUGCGCCAUUGGCGAUGGAGGAAAUGAUGUCAGCAUGAUCCAAGCCGCAGACUGUGGUAUCGGUAUUGAAGGAAAGGAAGGAAAGCAGGCUUCUUUGGCGGCAGAUUUCUCCAUAACCCAGUUCAAGCACAUCGGCAGACUGUUGAUGGUGCACGGCAGAAACAGCUACAAACGCUCAGCAGCUCUGGGCCAGUUUGUCAUGCACCGUGGCAUGAUCAUCUCAACCAUGCAGGCUGUGUUUUCCUCUAUUUUCUACUUCGCAUCUGUUCCUCUCUAUCAAGGUUUCCUUAUGGUAGGUUAUGCCACCAUCUACACCAUGUUCCCUGUCUUUUCUCUGGUGCUGGAUCAGGAUGUGAAGCCUGAAAUGGCUCUGCUGUAUCCUGAGCUCUAUAAAGACCUCACUAAGGGUCGCUCCCUGUCCUUUAAGACCUUCCUGAUUUGGGUUUUGAUAAGUAUAUAUCAAGGGGGCAUCCUGAUGUACGGAGCGCUGGUGCUGUUUGAUCAGGAGUUUGUUCAUGUGGUUGCGAUCUCCUUCACUGCUCUAAUCCUCACUGAGCUCCUGAUGGUGGCGCUGACUAUCCGCACGUGGCACUGGCUCAUGGUCGUAGCACAGCUCAUCAGUCUGGCCUGCUACCUCGCCUCCCUCGCCUUCCUCAAUGAAUACUUUGGCAUUGGUCGUGUGACUUUAGGAGCUUUCCUGGAUCUUUCGUUUAUCACAACACGGGUGUUUUUGUGGAAGGUGUGUGUCAUCACGCUGGUCAGCUGUCUGCCGCUCUACAUCAUCAAAUACCUGAAGCGGAAGUUCUCGCCGCCUAGUUACUCCAAACUCUCCUCCUGAGCCUUCCAUAUGGACCCGUGUUAACAGGCAUUCAGACGCAUUAAAAAGCACAUACUAUUACGAACAUUUUGAACAAUUUUAUUAUUGUGGGAUGAUAGUUCAACCAGAUAUGAAAAGAUAAAUUACUCACCCUCAUGUUGUUCCAAAGCUUGUUGUUCCUGCUGCUUACAGUUAAUGCGACCAUUUGCUUUUGUGAAGUUUUGAAGAAAAAUUCUGCAUUUUAAAUGACAUUAAGGUGAUGAUCUGUCCCUUAAAAACGUUAGUUGGCCUCAAAAUAAAUUUGUCAUAAUUUAAAAGUUAAAUAGCUCCAGACUUUGAAGACUGAAGUUAGUCUUUGGGACAUCAUUGAAGAUUUUCUUUAAUAAAAUUUGAAUCAUUCUGCCACUCAGUUAAAACACAUUCACCCAAAACUCUGGUGCUUUAAAACUUUCAUUAAGUGAUACAGUAAAUGAAAAAUAGUGUUAUAAUCCAAGUCUUCACGAGACAUAAUGACUUAAUGCGAUGAACAUGUUUAAUUCUGGCUUUGAUUUAUCUGUGAACAUAAACAGAAGCUUUUGAUGCACAAGAACAAACCUGGUUGGUUCGUAUGGAAGGCCAAAAGUGCCACAUGACAUGCUAGAUUAAACCCAAACCCUUGGUUCUCACACAUCAAGCAAGCAUUCGUGAGCUUCUCUGAGCAAAUUUGAAUGCUAUAAACAUUGUUCCCUUAUUACUAUUUAUGUACGAAUUAAAGCUUACUCUAAAAUAGAAAUGAUGUAGUGUUUACGUCUCUUCAGUAGAUUAAUUAAGAUGCAUGAUUCAUGUUGAUUCAUUUUGGAUAUCUUUACAUGCAUCAGAGUUGUGGGUCUAUAGGCUUUCAAUGGACAGAUAGAAAUAUAUGUAAUAUAUUAUAAAUCGUGUUCUAAAUGUGAACAAAUUUCAGGUUUGGAAUGACAUGAGGUUGACUAAAUAAUGAGUGAGCUAUGAAUGUCUAAAAGUGCUUAUUAUGUGAUUUGUAUGUAUUUAUAGACUAAAUUGUCACUAUAGAUUAAUAUGAGCAUUUCUGUGCUGCUCAUAUUUCUGCACUUAAGGCAGUGGUGGGAUAUAACACUGAGUAGUAUUUAAUACUCGAAAAGUUUGAAGCACAAAUGCGAGAGGACAAAAAAAGAGAGAAAAGCAAUGAAAAGGCCUCAGAUUUGUCACUUUCUACUUACCCUAGAUGUAUAUGAAAGCAAAAUCAGCAUUAUAUGUUUUUUAUUCAAUAGAUUUUGAAAUUUUAAUAACAUUUUUUGUGUAUAAUGAUGUUCCUAAAUUAAUCUAUAAUGAACAGUUCAUUGAUCGAUAGUGUUCCUAGUGUUAUCAUUCCCAUCAGCACGUUUUCCAUCUCAUUCUGGCACAUUCUGCUUUAUUAACUGUAUUAUUAAUGAGAUGUGGGAGGGCGGGGCUUGAUUAACUCCUGUGGUUGUGAUUGGAGUGUUAGUGUGUACUGAAGCUGAAUUUGAGCAGCUCUGGUUUCCUGUUGUGCUGUGGCUGCUGCUGCUGCUGCCAUACGAUCCUGCAGCAAAACUGUGUAAAUGUAAACCAGCGCCCGGCGCGUGUUCUUACAGCGGGAAUUAUUUGUUCUGGGAACAAUCCUCUCGAUUUGACAUCCUAAGUGACAUUGUGUGACCUUGACACGAGACUUAUUGACGAAUCGAACUUGAUUGAUGCAUGAUUGACGUUAAUUAAUGAUUGUAACGCCGUGACAUUGAAACAAGACUGAAUGUAGUAGCGGUGUUUAAAAUGAAUGACCUGCAGUAUUAGGACGUUCAAAGCUGCUUCACGUUUCUGAAAUUGACGUAUGGCAUUUCUGCGGUUACCUUUUUAUAUGACGUCUCGCAAUCAGCAAUUCAUUUUGGAGUUUCAAACAUUUUUUUGGAGUACAUGUGCUUUUUUUCCCUGCUGACGUAGUAAUGUGUAAGAUCAUCUUGCCUUAUCUUUGUAGAACAGUCAGCUGGUAUGAGGAAUGAGUUUUAUCAUUCACGUUAUUUUCUAUACUAAGUGUGUGAGUGCGCGUUUACAAUACUGAAUGAUACAAUGCCAAGCACACACACACACACACUGGAUGCCAUUAAUGGCAUGCUGUUAAAUAAAUAGCCUGUACUUGUAUCUAUUUUCAUGUUACUAGUGCUUAUUUUUCGAUACUAGUAUCUUUUUCAUUAAGUACUAGUGCAUAUUUAUUAGAUACUAGUGCCUAUAAUUUAAAUACCAGUGCUUUUUAAAAUAUAUAUAUAUAAGUGCUUAUUCAUUAGACACUAGUUUUUUUUUUAAUUUGAUACUAUUUAUGUUUAUUAAUUUGAUACUGGUAUCUAUUUUAUUCAGUACUGCUUAUUCGUUAGCCACUAGUUAGUUUUUUUAUUAGAUAUUAGUGCUUAUUCAUUACAGUAGAUACAGUACAUAUUAAUUAGAUACUAGUAUCUAUUUAAUAGGUACUAACUCUUAUUCAUUAGAUACUAAUUCUUAAUAGAUACUAGCUUAUAAGAUACUAGUACUUAUUUUAAUAGUGACUAGUAACUAUUCUGUUGUUACUAGUAAUAAAUGUAAACAUAUUCUAUUGAUUUCUAUGGAAUCUGUCAUUGAGAUACCAACUAUUCAGUAUGUAUUCCAGCAGGGACUAGUACAUAUUUUUAUGUAGUUAAUGUAUAGGUACUAGUACUUAUUAAUUAGAUACUAGUACUUAUAGUAACACUUUAUAAUAACUACACACUAUGAUCUAUUUAUUAAGCAUUCACAUCUAGUGGAUUCAUUAUUUGUUAAGCAUUAACUCUACAUUAAUAAACAUUAGUAGCAGUAGCUACAAACGCUCUAUUAUUAACUUAUAAGUACAUUUAUAAUGUGCUUAAUAAUUGUAUUUUCAUAAUUUGUACCUGAUUGAUUUUUUAUUACUAAAUAAAGUAUCGCAUUUUUUCAAAAAACAUUUGUAUUUAAGAGUAGAUGGAGGUUUUUAAGAUCGUUCAGAAUGAGUUAGUAAAUGAUAAAUAAACUAUUGAAAUUAACGUUUAUAUAUCUUAGUAUUUAGGUGUAUAGUAAUGGUUACUAUGCAUGUUAUUAAAUGCUUUAUUAACUGAACUUGAUGCAGUUUUGUGACUUAAUCUAAAGUGAGGACUAUUUAUGCUUUAUAAAUCCCUUAUCAAUGAGAAUUAAAGGCUCGGUAUUAAAUUAAAUUACUGUAAAGUUUAAACAUUGCUGAAUGUCAGGAGUGUCAAAAUACAACAUAAAAUUGGAUAUAAUAUAAUAAUUUAACAGUUUAAUAAGAAGCAAAAUUUAAACUGCACAGUAGUUUUAUUCUAGAUAAGGUUGCAAAGAUUUGUUUUUCAUUUGAUACAGUUUCUUCAAACAAACAGAAAUGAAUAAAGUUGUUUAUGUUCUCGUUUUCUUGUGUAACUUUAACUGAGCCUUUAAUUGUCAUUGAUAA